AACUACCCACACGACCAUGGAGUGCCGUGGCGCCCUCACCCGUUAGAAAAAGAGAAAGACGGGUGAGAGAGAGAGAGAGAGAGAGAGAGAGAGAGAGAGGAGGAGAAAACGACCAGCCGGUUCGCCGGUGCUAAAACACUCCACGCUGUGCACAAGGACACCGGGACAGAAAUGCCCCCCAAAGACAUGCGAGACAUUAGAGUGCCAGUUUAUCGGGAGUGAUCCGCAAAGAGACGGGUUUGUGUCACUCACUGGUAGGAGGAGAUUCGGAGUCAAACAAAAGCGAUUGAUUUUCCAUAAGCUCCCAAACUGGAAAACUUUGCGGCGGUCGGUGAGGCUGAAACAUGGCUUUGUCAGCGCGGAGUUGGGUCGCGAACGAGGGAGGAAAACACCUGGUUCUGGUGCUGUGGCUGGGUGCUAACACCUUGGUGUUUAUGAGGACGUUCCUAUUGUACUACUGUGGGCAGCAGUACCACUACCUCCAUCAGAUGCUCGGGCUAGGGCUGUGUAUCAGCAGGGCGUCUGCAUCAGUACUCAAUCUGAACUGCAGUCUGGUGCUGCUGCCUAUGUGUCGCUCUCUACUCACCUACCUCAGAGGAACACACACGGUGACAAGCAGAAAGGCCCGCAGGCUUCUGGACAAGAGUAAGACCUUCCAUGUGGCGUGUGGAGUAGCCAUUUGUGUAUUUUCCGUUGUGCACGUAUCAGCUCAUCUGGUCAACGUGGUCAACUUCAGCGUCGGGUACUCAGAAGAGUUCCCUUCUCUCAACGUUGCUCGCUACAGGGGAGAGGACCCCAGACUCAUCAUUCUGACUACAGUCCCGGGGAUCACUGGUAUCCUAUUGGUCCUCAUCCUCUUCCUGAUGUUCACUGCCUCUUCCUACUGCAUCAGGGUGUCCAACUAUGAGAUAUUCUGGUACACCCACAACCUCUUCAUAGUGUUCUACAUCAUACUGAUUGUGCAUGUGGUCGGUGGUGCUCUGAAGUACCAGACCAACUUUGAGGCCCACCCCCCUGGCUGCCUCAGAGCCAAUCAGACUAACCCGGACAAGACGGAGGAGGAGUCAGGACAGGCUGAAGGAGAUGGAUGGAGCUGCAGGGAGGAGGCUCGGUUCCAACCCAACUCACCUGAGUACAUUGUACUAAACUGUCCCAGUGUGUCAUCAUUUGAAAACCAUCCCUUCACUCUGACUGCGUGUCCCACGGAGAAGAAAGAAACUUUAGGAAUACAUCUCAGAGUGGUGGGAGACUGGACUGAACGUUUUACAGAGCUAUUGCUUCCUGAUCCGGGAGCCGAGUCAGAGAUCCUACCCAUGGUGCAACAGAGGAGAUACCCAAAGCUGUAUGUGGAUGGUCCGUUUGGCAGUUCGUCACAGGAGGUAUUUAACUACGAGGUCAGUCUGUGUGUGGCGGGUGGGAUCGGAGUCACACCAUUCGCCUGCGUUCUGCACGCCCUGCUGGAUGGCUGGAGGCAUUUCCGUCUCAGGAGGCUGUACUUUGUGUGGGUGUGCAGGGAGCUGCAGUCCUUCUACUGGUUCGCUGAGCUGCUGUGUGCCUUACAUCACAAGCUGUGGAAGGAAAACAGACCUGACUAUCUGAACCUACAGCUCUUCGUCAGCCAGACAGAUGGACUUCAGAACAUCUCUGAGGAGAGGUACCGCCCCCUGAGUUCCCGGCUGAUGAUUGGCCGACCGAGGUGGAAGUUGCUCUUUGAGGAGAUUGGGAGGACCAAUAAGCAUAAGCGGGUGGGGGUGUUCUGCUGUGGGCCUAAAGGCAUCUCCAGGACUCUGCACAGACUGUGUAACUCAGACCGCUAUUCAGGAACCACGUUUGAGUUCAACAAAGAGUCCUUCAGCUGAGACCAGAUCCCCCUCACCGUGACCCCUAACCAUAGGCUCUGACCCCUGACCCCAGACUCACAUUGAGACAGGUGACUUGAACCUACCAUGAAGUGACUCACUGGUUCUCCUUCCAUCAGAGAGAAGCAUCUCACACUCACUGGUGUUGAGUGACGUCAUCAGCGGGCAACUGGGACUUGUUCACGAACCAAGAAGAACUGGUUGUAAGCCACCAUUUUGAGAAAACACUGCCAUAUUGCUUGCCUCACACAAACGCAGCCCUUUCGAAUGGUGGAGAAGUGUCAUGGGGUAGGGCCGAGGGGUUGAUUUGGGAUGGGGUUACCCUUUCUGUGUGGGGGCAUCAGGGCCUAGGGACAACCCUUUGCCACUCUGUAAGGGACUGUACAGGAAUUAGUAGUUAGCUCUGGACUACAGAGAGAUGCUGUACAACAACCUGAUGUCUGUUAUCACUUUCACUACCCUUCCUUCCUUCCUUCCUUCCUUCCUUCCUGUAAAUCAUUUAAACUUUAAAUCCUCUAUGUAUUCAAAUGGAGUCAAAGCAAACUCAACCACUCCUGGUGCCAGUAUUUUAGUAAUUGUUUUAUAUUUCAAUUAUUUAUAUUGUUUAAAGUUACUAGAUGUACUUUUCUCUCAUAGUGUUUCACCAUUUCUUCGUAUGUGUCCCAUUGAAGACUGAACAACAAAACAGCUUUACACUUUACCAAAACAUGCAUAUUUACCAUUGAUUAAGUAUUGAAGAAAUAUAUACAGUAUAUAUAUUUAAUUGUUUCUGAAUAAUGUUUUUUUGGAUGUUGGAUUGUUUUGAUGAGAGCAAAGCACAACCCUAAUUAAAAUAGGUUUUAUACAGAUCUA